UCCUAUUCAAUUCUCAGGAAAGAACAUUGGUAAAAUAAUUGACUUUGUUACUGGAAAACUGGACAAAACAUCUGGAUCAGCUUCUUCUGAAAAUCUGACCCAAUGGCUAAUCCAUGGAACAUUUGUGUGGUUCAUUGGUAUCCACGACCACCCAGAAAAUCUAUCUUCUUCAAAAUUUUAGGAGCUUUGGACCCCCACUUCUCCCCUCCUGAUUCUCCUCUGUUUCCUUUCCCUCUCCUACUUGUCACCUAAAACCCAUGAUAAAUCUCUCUUUGUUGCCAUUUGAAGUUUGAACCAUCUUUCUAGUCUAUAUAGCACACGUUCUGAUUCUUGUAGUCUUGCAUUUCUUGAUCCCAUAAGAAUAUGGCUUCUAUUUCAAGAAUCGUUGCUAAAGACUGUAAAUUGCAUUCAUGGGAUGCUCUCCAAAGAUCAAGUUCUGGGCUUUCAGCGAGGACCCUGCCCGCUAAACUGAGUAAGUGUAACUGGUGAUUGUUAAAGUUGGUCCCUUUAUAUAAAAAUGAUUUGAAUUCUUGGAUAUGAUUUGCUUUGAUUUUAGCUGUUUUUGUUGUGCCGAGUAUUUCAGUACUUUUGAGUAUUGUUGUUGUUUUUGUUGACUUUAAGGUCUGAGAUGUGGAAUUUCUGUGCCUGACACUGGAAUUGGUGGCUUAUCAAUCCGGACUCAGCCUCAAAGAUCCCUUGGUGCCGUUUCUCCCUCUUCGUCUCUCAACAAUUCCUUUUCUUCUAGGAAUGUAGAUGUUUCCUGCAAGGCAGCUACAAAUGUACCUGGAGAUCUUCCUAGCAGUUCUCCGAGUGGAAUGACCCAAUAUGAGAGGAUAAUUGAAACAUUGACUACUCUUUUUCCUGUUUGGGUUAUAUUGGGUACAAUAAUUGGCAUCUACAAGCCCUCAAUGGUAACUUGGUUAGAGACAGAUCUUUUUACGGUUGGUCUAGGUUUCCUUAUGCUUUCGAUGGGAUUAACACUUACGUUUGAGGACUUUAGAAGAUGUCUACGGAAUCCUUGGACGGUUGGUGUGGGAUUCCUUGCUCAGUACCUUAUCAAACCCAUGCUAGGCUUCUUCAUUGCAAUGACUCUGAAAUUGUCAGCUCCCCUUGCCACUGGUCUGAUUCUUGUGUCAUGCUGUCCGGGAGGUCAGGCAUCGAAUGUUGCAACCUACAUUUCAAAAGGCAAUGUAGCACUGUCUGUUCUCAUGACAACGUGUUCAACUAUUGGGGCUAUAGUGAUGACACCACUGCUGACUAAGCUUCUUGCCGGCCAGCUAGUCCCAGUGGAUGCAGCUGGCCUUGCCAUUAGCACAUUUCAGGUUGUCUUGGUUCCAACAAUUGUUGGAGUGCUUGCAAAUGAGUUCUUUCCCAAGUUCACGUCAAAAAUUAUCACCGUAACACCUCUUAUUGGUGUUAUUCUCACCACUCUGCUCUGUGCUAGCCCUAUUGGUCAAGUAGCGGAUGUCUUGAAAUCUCAGGGAGCACAGUUAUUGCUCCCAGUGGCCCUCUUACAUGCUGCGGCAUUUUUCCUUGGUUACUGGAUCUCAAAAUUAUCAUUUGGCGAAUCAACUUCCAGAACCAUAUCCAUAGAAUGUGGGAUGCAGAGUUCUGCUCUUGGUUUUUUGCUUGCUCAAAAGCAUUUCACCAACCCUCUUGUAGCAGUACCCUCUGCUGUGAGCGUCGUGUGCAUGGCUCUCGGUGGAAGUGGUCUAGCUGUUUACUGGAGGAACCAGCCGAUUCCAGUUGAUGACAAGGAUGACUUCAAGGAGUAGAGCUCAAGAAACAAUGUAGUGAUUCAUUCGAUUUCACCGUGUUAAUUUGGUAGCCCUCCAGAAUGCGGGAAAUAUGAUAUUGAGAUUGGAUUGUGGAAAAAACACAGUUUUGGACUCGUUGAGUUUGUUGCAUAAAUAUGUUAGGUGGGAUGACUGAACUUAGAAUUUUCGAAAUGGUCAUUAGUGGGAAAGAAGAAGACUUAAUAGUAUUAUAUUUUAAGAUUACCAUCCCAAUUAGAGGGUGCAAAAUCUUUCUAUUUUGGGCUUUCCGCUGUGUUUGUCUGUGUGUUGGGGCCAAAAGGUUGGAGUUGAAACAUGAAAAUUGAAAGAAAUAAAAGAAAAUCAAAGGAUAUUUGGCACGAGUCCUGAUAGACUCAACGAAAGAGUUUUUACAACUCUUCACGAAUCUGAGGUGGCUCCUCCACGUCAUUUUUUUUUAAAUAAAAAAAACCUUAAAACUCCGUUUCUCUCUCUCUCUCUCCCCUCUUCAAUUCUUUUUCUGUUUUCUCUUCAGCCGUCUCGGCGUCUCCGCUCCUUUCCAUUGCCGCACCGGCCCUGGUUCAAUAUUAUUUUUCAGAAAAUAAUUUCUUAUUCUCUUCUCUUAUUCCUCCUUGUUUUCUAUCAUUACUACUUUGAGACUUUCCUGCUUGUUAAUCAAUCAUCAAAAUUCGCAUCAAUUCUAAGUUUCUAACUUCAUGGAUCCCGAUGUCAACGCGACCAUGUCUUAUUCUAACUUAAUCGGGACUGGAAUAUUAGGUUGAAUCCUUCCUCGUG